AUGAAUCUGUCGGAAUUCUUUACGGAGUUUGUUCGUCGUGUCAGUCCUCUGUCGGAAAACCUGCCUCAGGUGUUGUACCACGAAGAGAAGAUCAUGGCGCUAUUAAUUGAAUUCAUUGACAAAAGGGACAAAUUGUCGAUUGAACCCCUUCUGAGUUUGAUAUCACAAUUUGCGAGGGAUUUGGGCGUGCGAUUUGAGGGGCAUUUUGCAGCUAGUGUCACUUUGGUUGCAUCUGUCGCGGCGACUCACUCAGACGUCGAAGUCAUCGAAUGGAGUUUCACUUGUCUGGCCUGGAUAUUCAAAUUCCUUUCGCGCCUACUGGUUCCGGAUCUACGACAAUUGUUAAAUAUAAUGACUCCGUACCUCGGCAAGGAACGCCAGAAACCGUUCGUUGCACGAUUUGCAGCCGAAUCCAUGUCGUUUUUGAUCCGCAAAGCUGGACUCGUCUACCAUAAAAAUAAAAUUCCUCUUAACCGUGCAAUCUCCUUUCUGUUUCAGGAUCUUCGCAAUUCCACGGAGUCACGAAGCUUAGAUACCUACCAGGAGGGUUUGAUGGUCAUGUUUUCGGAAGCCAUCAAAGGUGUCAAAGGAGGUCUUUAUUCUAAUGCUUCAGAUAUUUUGCAGUGUUUGGUGGAUAAUGCUAUUAUCGGCGAUGAGCUGCAAUCGUCUCUAGCUGAAGAUGUGGUUUGCGGCGUGCUUACGAACAUCAUUCACGCCACAACUUCAGACACAUUCUCUGAGCUCCUGAAAGUGGUUUGUGCAUACGCUGAGACCGACAACUCAGAGAAUUGCGAUGCGCGUCUGAAUUUAUCUUCACAUCUUCUUUUUGUUUGUGUGGCCACCCGUAAAGCAACACGGGUUAAGGAUUGGAAAGUUGUUCACCGUAUCCUACUGGUUUUGUUGCAAAGAGCAUUGGAGCAGCUAGAAUCAAACCGUGACACCAUACCUCGAAUUCUUACCUCGAUUGCAUAUGCAUUACAACUUUCUCCAAUGGACGAGAUGAUGCCUUUCAUGCGGCCUACCAUGGAAGUUGUAUCCGACGAACGCCUGGCAUCUUUGUUUUUGCCCUUUUGCUCAACAUUCUCUGAAUUCGGGUCCGAAAGGUUUCAGAUAAUUGUUCUGCCUUAUUUCCAACGUUUUCUGGUAUCUUUUUGGAAGACAAAGGAGGAGGAUCUAUGCUUAUCACUCAUCCAGCUAGAGGAUGCUGGUUGCGUCACUUCCAUAUCUUCAAGGCCAGGUUAUAUCAACUGCCCCACUGAUUGGAGGACACAUAUUCUCAAAAGAUUGAAAAAUCCUGGCACGUCACUGGAUGAGACCGCAAUGCUUAAUGCCUACGCCAGACUUCGUACGGCAGUCUCAUUCUCCCAUGACGCCUCUAUCAUCCCACAGCUAGUGCAGCCGUUGCACGAUUUGCUAGUAGUAUCGUUGAAUGACUCAACGCUUGACGAUCAGCCUCCCAAUAUCUUCUUCUGUGGCCAGGGAUUUCAGACUUAUGUUGAUCUUGCAGACCAGUGCAAUUGUCUAGAUAGGUCGCUUUGGCAGUUGAUUUUGAAGACCGGAGCUCGAUUUACUCGUCGACUGACCUUCCUUGAGGCAACAUUCAACUACUUAACUCGAUUGCCCGGCCUUAUUACAGAGAGCAAAGAGGACUUAGAUUUGCUUGCAACCGCUCUUAUAGAAAACCUCACUUCACCUUCUCAUUAUUUGAGGUUGAUUUCAUUGAAAUUACUAUCUGAGUUAGUCAGGGUUACUACGGGGGACCCUCAGAACGCCAUCAGCACCGCCAUCGAGAUCGAGGAAAGCGAAUUAUCCCUACAGACUGCUCGAUUCCUAUCUAUGCAGGUCCGCAAGCUCGGCAUUCUAUAUCCACAAGUCAUUUCUCACAGCUGGCUCAGCAGGAUGGUUCCCAAGUUCUGUUUCGGUUUAUUUUCCAAGCAACUUGCUCAAUUGUGGACUGAUUCUGCUGAAACAUUGAAAGUCAUUAGCCAACAUACUGCUGGGGAAGCAGUAGUUACCGAAUUGUGUAUGCUUUGGUUGCAGCACAAUGGCGAGCUCAACAGUGACCUUCCAUUGGAUGAAGAUUCUAAAAGGAGCUGGUCUGAGUUCAGAUGUCCCAAUGCGUUAAAGAUCGAAGGAAUAAUUGAGGCACGAUUUCAGGCUGUCAAGGAACCAAAGGAAGUUCUCAUAGAAAGUUUUAACAGCAGUCAUGAAGCCUCGGCAUUGCUUCCGUCGUCUGCGAGAGCUCGUUCAUUGCUGGUGUUACAUACCAUUCCUGAAGUGGCUGAGAAGCGUUCUAGACAGAUCGUUCCUCUCUUCCUUCGGUGGGCCUCAAUAGAGGGAGACAGUGGGAAAAGCCAGAACAUUGACCCUAAAUCUUCCAAAACUCUCGCUGCUGAGGAGGAUGCGCCCAUUUGGGCUUACAAGGAUCGAAUGGCGCUCCUUGGAUUAUUUGAAAAGUUUAUUAAUCCUCGUUCUCUCUUCAAAUCUUCUGAAGUUUAUGAUGCACUCCUACUUUUAACUGCUCACGGAGACUCCACGGUACAAAAGUCCGCACUCAAAGGCCUUUUUACAUGGAAAUCACCGAAUGUUCGCCCGUAUGAAGAAAAUCUACUCAACAUCUUGGACGAAUCCCGCUUCCGUGAAGAACUCUCAGUCUUCGUGCAUCUCGAUGAAAAUGACAGCAAGGUUGAGAAAGGCCAUAAACCAGAGUUGCUUCCAAUUCUUUUACGACUACUUUAUGGACGUAUGAUCUCCAGGGCAGCUUCAAGUUCAGGAUCGGGUGGGCAAAGCGGACGGAGAAAAGCAAUUCUUCGCGUACUUUCUCAAAUGUCCGGGCCCGAUUUCAAACUCUUUGUCCAGAUUGCAUUUGGUGUGCUUUAUGAUUUGAAUAUGUCCAAGGAGGGUCGGAUUGACAACAAGUACUUCGACCUUGAGCUAGUCAGCGAAAGAAGACAGGUUGGUUUUCUCAAGAUGAUUGAGACGAUGCUUGAGACUCUCCAGAGCCGCAUGCAUGCUUACGCUAUUAAAUCAAUGGACGCUGUAUUUUACUGUCUUGUGCGAGCUUCCCGCUUGCUAGCCCUCGAUGCGCAAAGUACACCGAAUCUGGAGAGUAAAGCGUCAAUGCUACGAGAGAUUCGAAGCGUAGGAAUACGCUGCCUUUGCAUGAUUUUCUCGAUUGCUCCAGACAUUGACUGGACGCCAUAUGUCAGCCUUGUUUUCGAUGAAGUCAUCAACCCUCGACUUGAGAACUUCGCCAUCGAGAAUGCGCAAGGUGUAUCUGCCUUCCAUCGGCUUUUUCACGAAUGGGCUGUUUCUUCGAAGUCCAUAUUCUACUUGACGCGAUUUAGCAGCAAUUUGUUGCCAGCUGUCAUCGACACCAUGACAGUUCCAUCUGCGCGGGAUGAUGUGAAGGUAUACAUCAUGGAGCAGAUCAUACAACCAAUUGUCAAUCACUCCACUGGCCGUAUGACAGAAGAAACCGAGGAGAUGAGUGACAUUCCUCCGGAGACCAUACGUGUGGAAAUACUGGCACCAUAUGUGGAUCACAUUCUCUCACAGCUUAGUAAACUGUUACAAUCAAGCCCUGCUCGUCCAGUGCUAGUAUCCGCCGUCGAAACGUUAUCACUAAUAGCGCCUUGCGUCGAGACGUCAAACGAGAUUUCAAGUCUUGUGCGUAUAUGCACCUAUCUUUUACGUCAGCCACAUGACAAGAUUUCACCAAAGACGAAGUCAGGCUUACUGCGCACGCUGCAGCAUUUCGUACCUUUGUCUUCUAUAGAUAAAGAUCCUUCAUUCGCCGAAGAAGUUUUCUCUACUGUAUCUUCCCUGUUUGACUACUUCAAAGAUGACCAAAACCGGAACGUUCUGUCAUCUGUUCUGCAUGAGUUUGCCAAAUAUGAUCCUGAGUUGGAGGAGGUUAGUCUACUUUGUGCGGACCUCAAUGCCAUUGACACUCAGAAGCUUGACAACGUUGAUUACGAUCGACGGCUUCAAGCAUUCGCAAAGAUCAACGAGCAACUAUGGAUAAGUUUGAGUCCCAAACAAUGGCGACCUCUUCUUUUCAAUAUGCUGUACCAUGUCAAGGAUGAGCAGGAAAUUUCGAUCAGAUCAAGUGCCUCGUUUGGGCUCAAAAGAUUCAUCGAAAGGGCAGCACAUGGCGAGUCAAAUACAUGUAGCUUUUCUCUUCUUAGAGACGAUGUCUUGUUGCCAGCUCUACAGAGCGGUGUCCGUCAGCGGUCUGAACUGGUGCGAUCGGAAUUCGUGUCGGCAUUCGGCCACUUGGUCAGAUUGAAUCCUACACUGCCGUCUAUUCAAGAUUUACACAUUCUUCUAGUUGCAGGAGAUGAGGAAGCUUCAUUUUUCAACAACAUUCUUCAUAUCCAGCAACAUCGUCGUAUGCGCGCCCUGCGCAGGCUCGCGACUGAGGCAUCCAGUGGUAAAAUCGGCUCUUCUAAUAUAAGUUCAUUCUUUUUUCCUUUGAUCGAGCAUUUCGUGUUUCACGUGGCCGAAGACGAGACAGCCCAUAAUUUAGCUGCAGAAGCUGUGGCGACUUUGGGUGGAUUGGCUGAGUGGUUGGAAUGGAGCCAGUUCCGAGCCGUAUUCCGUAGAUAUCGCGGAAACAUGACCAGCAGGCCUGAUGUCGAAAAGAAUAUGAUCAGACUGCUUGGUCGCAUGACUGACGCCCUUUCAAAUGCCUUCAGUCAACGACAUACCAAAUCCGGCUCGGAAGAAGAUAACAUCGAGUUAGACGAUUCGGCGUCCAAUCAAUCGGCAAAAUGCCGUCUCGCUUUGACACUUCCUUCACCACACAAAAUUGCAAAUGAGCUUACAACUCAUUUCCUGCCAUUCCUGACCGAGUUUGUGCAUCACAAGGACGAAGCGCAAAUGAGUCUACGUCUCCCUGUCGCUAUAACGACCAUCAAGUUACUCAAGCUUUUACCGGAAGAAGACAUGGCCAUCCGCUUGCCAGCUGUUCUGCUUGAUGUUUGCUACGUUCUGCGUAGUAAGGCGCAGGACUCCAGAGAUAAUGCCAGGAAGACUCUCGCAGAUAUAGCUAUGAUCCUCGGUCCCUCUCACUUUGGCUAUAUCCUGAAGGAAUUGAGGACUGCAUUAGCUAGAGGCUACCAACUACACGUUCUCUCUUUCACGGUACAUUCGAUUCUCGUAUCAACAACGGAUGUAUUUGAGCAGGGUUCCCUAGAUCAUUGUCUUUCUGAAGCAGUCGCAAUCGUCAUGGACGACAUCUUUGGUGUCGUUGGCCAAGAGAAAGAUGCUGAAGACUACGUCAGCCAGAUGAAAGAAGUCAAGAGCAGCAAAAGCUAUGACUCGAUGGAGUUGCUUGCAAAGAACAGCUCAGUAACAUGCUUAGGGGCUCUCAUAGCGCCUUUGCAGCUGCUUCUGCGGGAAAAACUAACAGCGACCUUAGUAAGAAAAAUCGAUGAGCUUUUCAGGAGGAUCGGUCUUGGUCUACUGAGAAAUCCGCGUGCGGAAAGCCGAGACAUGCUUGUUUUCUGCUACGAAGUGAUUAAAGAAUCUUAUGCGGAUAAUAGCAAUUCAGAAACAACAACAUCCACAGAGUCAGCUAGAAACCGUCGAUUCCUUAUCAAUAUGCAAGGCAUGAAGCGCGGCGAGAAACGUGGAAGCACUUCCUCAUACAUCUACAAAUUGUCCCGUUUCGCAUUGGAUGUCCUCCGGUCUAUCUUGAACAAGUUCAGUUCACUCCUCACUGCAAAUAACCUAGCCGGUUUCUUGCCGAUUGUGAGUGACGCAGUGAUUCAGUCGUAUGAAGAGGUCAAGAUUUCUGCUAUGCGUCUUCUCUCAACUAUUAUCAGAUUGCCCCUGGCCGAGCUUGACCGGAAUGCUCCCACUUAUCUUGCCGAGGCUGUCAAGAUAAUCAAGGAGGCACCAAGCACUAACACGGAAGCUGCCCAAGCUGCGCUCAAAUUCAUAGCCUCCGUGUUGCGAGAGAGGAAGACAGUGGAAUUGCGAGACAAUCAUCUUUCGUAUCUGUUGAAACGUCUUACCAAUGAUAUCGAGGAGCCCGAUCGUCAAGGCCUGACAUUCAAUUUCAUUCGUGCUGUGAUGGAUAGAAAGUUCCUUGUUCCCGAAAUAUACGAGUUGGUUGAUAAUAUUGCGAAAAUGAUGGUGACCAACCAAACUCGGGCUGCUCGCGAUUUGGCUCGGGGUGUGUAUAUUCACUUUUUGUUGGAGUACCCUCAAGCGAAAACUCGAUGGUCCAAGCAGCUAGCUUUCCUCGCGAAGAAUUUCGACUAUCAGCACCGCGAAGGUCGUGAAUCGGUCAUGGAAGCAGUACAUCGGUUGUUGAACAAAACUGGAGGAGAUUUGGGUCAAGAUAUAAUCAGCACAUUCUUCCUGCCCGUUGUGCUCGUCAUGGCAAACGAUGAGACCUCAGAGUGCCGGCAACUAGCGGGGCUUCUUCUCAGCGAAUUCUUCUCAAGAGCUGAUCGAGAAAGGCUGCAAGUCAUGCUGAAACCAUUGCAUGCCUGGCUUGAGCAAACGGAGAACAAACAACUUGCAAACACUGGCCUGCAGGCAAUGAGGAUUUUCUUCGAGGCUGAAGGCGUCGAGAAGGACAAAGAAAGCCGAUUUGUUACUAACACUUUACCUCCCUUGAUCACCCCCAUCGUUGGUGAUACUGAAAGUGAAGAUUGGGAGACGCUUUACUUCUCUUGGCAACUGUUUUUGAAGAUAUGCAAGACUGUACCGUCAGUUGCUUACAGCAAAGAAUCCCGAAGCUUGUGGUCUAGUGUUCAAGAAUCUCUAUUCUAUCCACAGGCUUGGGUGAAGACUUGUGCGGCGAACUUGAUUGGUCUAUGGCUUGCUGAUCUAGCAAAAACGAAUGCUGCCGAUGGCUAUAGCAAAGUUCCUUUGGCUGGUGCACAUGGUCUCGAGCUCGACAAGGAAGGAAUGAUUCAACUUACCCGUGGCAGUCUUCGGUCAGUCCAGAUUCCGGGCGUUAGUGAAGAACUCGCUAUGCAGAGCGUCCGCAACGUUGUUUUCUUAAGCCGAUGUUUUGCUGUCAAUGGGGUUGAGUUUUCUCCCAAGGAGGCCCAGGAAGCACACGAGGACACGUCUGGCGAUGCAAGUGAAGCCGAUGCAGCAGAAGACGAAGAAGCCACUGGCGAAGUCACCAACGGAGUUGUAUCAUCUAAGAGUCUACUUCACUACAUCUUCCGUCAGAUCUCGGAUAUAUUACGUCGAGAAACGAUAUCCGGCAAAGCCAACGCGCUCGUGCCCAAGGCUGCGUCCAUGGCGCUUUUGGCCGCAAUAUGUCGCCACCUGGAAUCAGAGAAGCUAAUAUGCUUUCUCUCGAUCAUUCUUCGACCUUUACAGCAUUUGAUCGACCCCAACAUUCCUGCGCCUCGAUCUUCGGAUCCGGAUUUCCAGACCAAUUACAAAUCUUUGGUUACGAAUGCGCAGGAAAUCCUUGACUUGCUGCAGAAGAAAUUAGGCACGACUGAGUACGUCGCCCAAAUGGCUCGUAUUCAGGAGAACAUCAAAGCGCGUCGGGAGGAACGGCGAGUUAAGCGUCGCAUUGAAGCAGUCGCAGAUCCAGAGAAGUUUGGCCGUGAAAAGAAGCGCAAGAACGAAAGGAAACAUGUCAAGAGGAAGGAAAGAGGACAGGAAUUCAGGGAGCGGAGACGGGGCUUUUAA